CACGACGACGGUUGCAACACGGCUACACGAUUUGAUGCCCGUCCACCAUGGCGCCCACCUUGUCUUCCCAGGGGAAUCCCGUCACCACCACCAGCCUUGAGCCCGACGCCGACCCGGCUCACCCUGUCCCACUCGAGCCCGAGGGCGGCUCGGCCCAGACCGUCCCACUUGAGCCGGAUGCUGAUGGCGACGACGCAGACUCGUCCUUCAACGAUGGCGACUCGGCCAUUGAGAGCCUGGCGAGUUCGACCACGUCCAUCCGAGACGAAUUGAUCGCGCGAGUAAAGGAGCAUGGCCGCCAGUACCAAGGCUACAUGUCAGCAAAAUAUGUGCUUCCAAUGGAUGAGGAAGAGACAGAGCGUCUGGAUUUCCAACACCAUGUCGUGUGGCUCACCAUGGACGAAAAGUCCCACUUCGCACCCACCAAGCGUCUGAACCGCGUCCUCGAUGCUGGUUGCGGAACGGGAAUUUGGACCAUAGACUUUGCCGACGCCCAUCCGGAGAGCGAGGUUCUCGGCGUUGAUCUGGCGCCAGUCCAACCGCACAACGUCCCUCCGAACCUCAUCUUCGAAAUCGACGACCUAGAAAGAGAAUGGACGUUUUCACGCAAGUUCGACUUCAUCCACUCCCAGAUGAUGAUUGGUGCCAUGCAGAGCUGGCCGCGAUACGUUGAGCAGUGCUUCCAGUUCCUCGAAACGGAUGGCUAUUUUGAAGUUCAAGACAUUGACCUAGUGAUUAAAUGCGAUGAUGGUUCGCUACCCACCAACUCCUCAAUCGUUCGGUGGCACAACUAUAUGCACGACGCAGCAGACAAAGCCGGAUUUCCCCUAGACGCAAUCUCGCAUGUGCCGGAAAUGAUGAGGAACGCGGGUUUCGUCGACAUCGUGUCCACACCUAUCAAAUGGCCCAUCAACAGCUGGCCCAAAGACCGCAAAUACAAGGAGCUUGGUAAAUGGGUCUCGGAGAAUUUCUGCUGGGGCGCCGAGUCGUUUUGCCUUGCCCUCUUCACCCGUGCUUUGGGCUGGUCGGUCGAAGAAGUGCAAGUUUUCGCUGCCGCGCUGAGGACCGAUCUCCGCAACAAAAAGCUGCAUGCUUACUGGAAUUUUUAUGUCAUACACGGUCGAAAGCCAUGAUGCGUGGAAACAGGGACCAUGCGGACGUCAAGGAAUUCGAUAGUAGAUAACAGGUAUAGGCACAUGUGUCGUGUGGACACUCAUUUGAAUUAGCGAGCUCGUUGUCAGAUCAUUAGCAUUAACGCUCGAAGUCCGAGACAUCAAUGGAGGAGUAACAAUAGUGAAAGUCGUUGAGUUAGUUUCGACAAUGGAGAGGC